AUGCUGAUAUUAUUAAUUAUUACUGUAACAACUGGAAGGCUCAUAACAAAUCUUAAUAAAGGAUGGAAAUUUAGAAGAUCUGAUAAUAAUACUUGGUAUCCAGCAAAUGUGCCAUCAACUAUUCAUAUGGAUUUAUUUGAUAAUAAAUUAAUAGAUGAUCCUUAUUUUGGUAAUGUGUUUUUAUGAUAAAUGAAGAGGAUAAUUUGAUGAGUAUGUAUGAGUUAGAAUUGGAAGAUUGGGAAUAUAAACUAGAAUUUACAAAUAAUGAAUUUGAUUAUGAUAUAAAUGAAUUAGUAUUUGAAGGAAUAGAUACUCAUGCUGAUGUGUAUUUAAAUGAUAUACAAGUAUAUAUAUUCAGAUUAAUAGAUAGAUCUUAAAAGCAAAUAAUCAACAUAGAACUUGGAGAGUGAUGAUCUAAAAUUUAUAGGUUUAAAAUACUCUUAGAAUAUACUUUCAUUCUGCAGCCAGACAUGAUUUAAUGAAAUAAUUAUAAGAUAGUCCACUCAAUUUACCUUACAAUUAUACAUAUUCAAGGAAAGCAGCAUAUCAUUAUGGAUGGGAUUGGGGACCAAGGAUUGUGACAUGUGGUAUAUGGAAAGAUGUUUAUUUGGAUCAAUAUGAUUAUGGAAGAAUUGUAAGUAUGCAUGCAAGAGCACUUAAAAUUUAUGAGAAAAGUGUUGUUAUUGAAAUUAAUAUUGAAACUUAUUUAAUAAAUGUAGGUACUUACACAAUUGAAGUUUAAUUCAAAGGUUUAGAUGAAAUUACAAUUAAUAAUCAAUACCCUUUAAAUAUUGUAAACACUAAAUUCUUAUAUAAUGUGAGUGAUAUUGAAUUAUGGUGGCCAAUAGGAUAAGGUCAAUAAAAAUUGUAUCAAUUGUAGGCAUAUUUAAUUAAAAAUGAAUCAUAUGUGGAUUAUUUAAAAAUCACUACAGGUUUUAGAGUUGCACAAUGGAUUUAAGAAAAAGAUGGAGAUAAAACUUAGACAUUUAAAUUUAGAAUUAAUGGAAGAGUAAAUUUUCUUAUUAUUAAAAAAAGGAUGUAUAUUUGAAAGGUGCCAAUUAUAUACCACCAGAAAUGUCUUUACCUAGAGCCUUGAAGAAUCCAUCUAUAUAUGAGAGAAUAUUUUAAGAUUCAAUAGCUGCUGGUUAUAAUGGAUUAAGGUUCUGGGGAGGAGGUUAAUUUGAAUAUGAUAUCUUUUAUGAACUUGCUGAUAAAUAUGGAAUUAUUAUUUGGCAUGAUCUAAUGUUUGCUUGUGCAAUGUAUCCAGGAACUGAUGAUUUUAUUGCCAAUGUUUAAGCAGAAUUAAAAGACAAUGUCAAAAGACUUAGAAUUCAUCCAUCUAUUGUUUUAUGGAAUGGAAAUAAUGAAGUUGAAAUAGGAUGGAAAGAAUGGGGUUGGAAGAAGAAUAGAGUUGAAUAAGAAGUUUCAAUGCUUUAAUAAUGGUAUAAUAUAUUGUUUCUCUAAGCUAUUCCAAAUGUUCUAAAUGAAAUACAUCCAGAAAUGUAAUACAAUAUUAUAUAAUCUAGUUAUUAUUGGCCUACAUCUCCAUCUACUUCUGUUAAUAAUGUAGAGGAAUUAGGAUUUGGAGAUAUUCAUUAUUGGGGAGUUUGGGCAUCUAAACACUAAAUUGAAAAUUAUACUAAAUUUAUUGGUAGAUUCAAUAGUGAAUAUGGAAUGCAAGCCAUGAUUGAUGUCAAUAAUUUUAAGAAAGUUGUACCAAAACAAUAUGAUUUGAAUUUUGAUUCCCCUGUAUUUUAAAUUCAUGAAAGACAUAUAAGAGGGAUACCAUUAAUCAAAGAAUACUUAAAAAACUAUACUAAUUAUAAUAGUAAUGUACACUCCUUUUUACAAUUAACCUAUUUCUCUUAAAUUAUUUAACAUUUAUCUUUACAAACAGCCAUAACAUCAUUAAGAUCUGCAAAACCAUACAAUAUGGGUACUUUUUAUUGGUAAAUUAAUGAUGUAUGGCCAGUAAUCUCUUGGGCCUCUGUUGAUUAUUAUGGUUGCUGGAAAGGAGGACAUUAUGCUGCAAAAAAGUAUCAUUCUGAUCCUGCUUUAACUACUAUUUAAAAUGAAGAUUAAAUCUAAGUCUAUUUAGUAAAUGAUAAUAUUGUAAAUUAUACUGGAAAUGUUACUAUAGAAUUGAAAUAAUAUAAUGGUUUUAUUGUUAAGUCAUGGGAGUAUAAAUUUUAAGAGAUAUCUUAAAAUGCUUCAAAGAGAUUAUUGAAUUAUUAUAUACAAAAUUACAACUAAACAUACCGAUCCUUAUAUUUAUAAAUGAAGUAAAUUUAAAUUAAAUAAUAGUUUUUAUUGUAAUCAAAAAAAUUGUGAUUAUCGUGGUGUGUAUAAUUUUGGCAGACCCAAAGAAUGGCAACUUUAAAAACCAGAUAUUUCUUAUACAUUAUAAGGUAAUACAAUUACAUUUAUAUCUAAAUCAUUGGCUAAAUAUGUCUAUGUAUUUAGUAAUUCGGAUUGCAUUAAUCUCUCCGAUAAUUUCUUUGAUUUAUCCCCUGAUGUUCCUUAUAUGAUAACUAUGAAAGAACCAAAAAAGUUUAGUUUCUUCAGUUAUUAUGAUUUAUUGAUAACUGCAGUAAAUAGUGACCUUCUCUUAUUGAAUGAAGGAAUAACAGCACUUAUUUUGUAUAUGAUUUUAUGAUUAUCCUUAGAUCUGAAAAUGAUUGA